AUGUUGGUCGAACAUCCUAAAAUCAUCCAGGCCUGGAGAGAGAAGAAAACCCCUCUUCCCACGCAGAACGCAGCUUUGAUAUCCUGCCCACGACCAAAAAGCGUCUCCCUUACGUUGGGUCCUGGCCAAGGCUUCCUGCUGAGCCUUGUCUUCCAUGCAGCCCUGACCUGCCACGAAAGGAAGCGGGACUUCUGCGGAAUAUCUCAGUGUCACCUGUAGGCCCAGGAAAGGCCUCGCUUUAUCCCCCCAGACCACCUGUCCAGUGUGCUUAGGGUUAACACAGCUCCACGAGUCAUGAAGGACACGGGGACACAUCCAGAGCUUCUGGGUUGCUGUCCUGCAACAAGCAGGUCUCUGGAGCUUGGUUCUCGGGCCAUCCUGGCCCAGCGCCACCUGCUCCCGGAGGGGUCCCCUCCCGGCCCCAAGCAGAGAACGCGCUUUCCUAUCAGCGGCUACUUGGGUGGCUUGUGUGGGAACACUAGGAGCUCAGCCCCUGGCCACCUGCAGGUGCUCUACCUCCUGGGCUCAGUGCUCGAGCUAGUGGGGUGGGGCAGAGGGUGCCAGGCCCCCUUGCAGCUGCUUUCCGAGGCCACAGGAGUGGGCUGGUGCCGCCGUCCCCCACGUGUGUGGCCAGUUAUGUCUGGGCAAGCACCCACACAAGUGGGCUUCGCCGGUGGGUGUGUUGAUUCUUCAGGAGUCUUCUCAGCUUUCUCGGGAAAAGACUCAAAGUGCUUUAACAGGAGGAUAGAAACUGCCUCCCUUCGCCCCGACCACACCUGCAUGAGAAGUGCUGUGGGUUGACCUGGAGAAGAGGCCUGGAUGUGGAUUAAGCCCACCUUCCGGAGGAGAUACAAGGAGGCUUGUGAGGAAUGGCUGCUGCAGUCUUUCCAGGGCCUGACUGUAAAUAAAGAGGACGACGUAGAAGCCCAGAUCCUUUCUGCCGCCUGCUUUCCGCCUUGGGCUCGCCCCGUUGCCCUCCCCGCUUCCCAGGAGAGCAGCUACAAGCCCCGCGAUGAGGCCUUUGCUCCCGGCGCCGUUCCGGACCAGAGUGACCCAGCAUGGCCAGCCCAGACCCUGUGGAGCUGGGGGGCCGAGCUGCCCCCCCGCCCUCGCUCUGGGAGUGCCACUGCGGGCAGCCGGGCAGAGGCCGGGGGGCUCUCGUCGCGCUACAAGACGGAGCUGUGCCGCGCCUUCGAGGAGAGCGGGGCGUGCAAGUACGGGGCCAAGUGCCAGUACGCGCACGGCGUGCCGGAGCUGCGGGAGCUCAGCCGCCACCCCCGGUACAAGACGGAGCCCUGCCGCACUUUCCACACCGCCGGGAUCUGCCCCUACGGAGCUCGCUGCCACUUCAUCCACAACCCCGAGGAGCGCCGCCCCCCGCCCCCGCGGCACCCCCAGCCGCUGCCCCCCAGCUUCGAAGCCCUGCCUUCUCCGCGGCCCCCGCGGGCAGCCCCUGGCAGCCUCCCCGGGCCUGCGGGGGCCCUCCUCCCGCAGCUCCUGGGCCGGCCCCCUCACGGCCGCCUCCUCGGCUCCGCUGGCCCCUUCGGCUUCCCAAGCCUCUUUGUGCUCCAGAAGAGCGUCUCUGCCGACUCGCUUUCGGACCAGGAAGACUCUGGGAGCUCGGGACGCAGCAGCGGCUCUGAGUCGCCAGGCCUGGGGCCCGCGGCUCGCAGGCUCCCAAUCUUCAGCCAGCUGUCCAUCUCGGAUGACUAGAGGGGGUCCCCGAGGUUGCAGGGGGGGGCAGCUGAAACAAGAAGAAUGCUUCUGCAGAGGGAGGGAAGGUGGUUUGGAAGGGCAGCGGUUGUUAAUGGCGGGUAGGUUCACCCCACUUUUGUCUCUGCUAAACAGGUUGUGUAGGUUUUCUUCCUGUUACUAUAAAACCUGCACAUCCUAUUUGACCAGAGGCAACAGUGGGGCAGGGGGAGUGGGCACGCUGGGAGGAGUAAAACCUUCUGUAGACCACUUCGAAGUCUUGAAAACAGUUGCCUUUCUCCAGCCUAUUUGAACCCAAGUUUCUACCAUGAGAAUGAAUGUUUGUUUUUCUGGGAUUCAUUUAUUUGUUUACUGCAUUUAGAAGCAAAACCCACCUGCAUUUCCCAGGUGACUCAGUAAGAUGAACAGCCUGUAAGCCAUUGCUGUUACAUCCAUUUGAGGGAAGAGGAGAGACGACUGCUGGCUGGGCAGGCAGGGGAUGCUGGAAGUUGUAUUCCAGCACGUCCACAUGCUUCCCUCUGUGAAUAUCAUAAGGUUUCAGGGGAAGGUCAGGGGCUUGGCAAAUAGAAAGGCACUUUUUCAAAUUAUUCCGAGCUCUGUGUGCCGGCACAGCACGGUUCCAAGAUGAGACCUUUCUGUGUAGGAGGAAGGAAAGAUGGAGAAAGGAACCCGCAGCCCCUCGUGCUUGUGAUUUCAAGGUGGCCACAUCGUACAGAGGAGCGUGCGUGCGUGCUUUAAGCAUGGCGCAUCAGCCAGUGCAAAGCCUUUCUUUUCUGUCAGAGGAGGAAGAAAUUAAGGGCCUGGGUUAGAAACCGCUUUGGUCAGUGGGCAGACACUGGGAAGGGAAGCGGCGAGUGCUCCCUUGCCCAGCUUGUCCGAAGAACCGGGAGGCAGAGGGCGGAGGAAAGCAACAUUUUCAGAUGGGGUGGUGUAUCUCCAGGUGAGGACGGCAUCCGGCUGCGGAUCCUCCCUUGUGCAGGGAGCUUCCGAGUGCCUGCAAGCCCUUGUUGGGGGCGGCUUCCAUCCUGACCGGCGGCAGAGGAGGCUGCGCGUGGCGCGCAUCUUCCGAGGCCAAGCGCCUUGUGCAUCUUGCACUUUGUGGCAGAGGGGGGACCGGGCGGGAUGUGCCAGGGCCCUUCUGGCCACUUCUGCAGCCUGUCGUGCGGCUCUGGGACCCGAGCGGAGAGGCGGGCGCUGCCGGCGUUGGCAGAGAGCCCAAGGGGGGCUUGAGGGAGGAGGACCCUUCCCAUGUCCUUGGCCCCUCUGCCUGGUUUCCCAUGGCCUCCCGCAGGUGAGCAGAACCCCGCACAACUGGCUUGCUAGUGGCAAAAGUGUGUGUGGGGGGGCGCACACUCGGGCCUGCCUUGCAAGUGGCCCUCAACUCUACGGGAGGGAAACAGCCAGGCAGAAAGGACUGCCCCCCCCCCCACGCCCGUGUUAAUCUCCUCUCCUUGAUAAACAGCCCACCACCUGUGCCCCCAAACCGAACCGCCUCCCCCCCGGGGGAUAAUCGCAUUCUUCCCUGUCCUGGUUAGGACAGAAUUACCAUGCGGGAUUUUGUUUUCGUAAAGUAAAUUCCGCUGUCCUGUUGUUUUGAGCACAACUCUGGAUGGGAAACGGCCACGGCUGGGUUCAGACGGGAGGCGAAACACCGUUGAUGGCCGUCCGUCCGUCCGUCCGUGCGGCUUGUGGGAAGCCAGUGCAAGAGAGGCGGUUUGGAGCACUCGGAAAUAAUAUUCCCCAAGGUGAGAGUGUGGAAAGCUCCUCUUUAGGUUCAGCGCAGGUGGGAUACAGGUGCAAUUCUGUGCCUCGCUAGACAGAAACAGGUCCCAGCUCUCAGCAUGCCCAGCCAGCAAGGGUUUUCUGAGCAUACCAAGAGUCCGUCCAAAGAGUCCUGAGUCUGCAGGACGAGACAUUUGUUGGAACAAUUCAUAAGACUUUGGCCUCUCCCAAUUUGGUCUUGUUCACUCCCCUCUCAAGAAUUUUGAAUUUUAUUCCUUGGAAUUUAAGAAUUCCCAGCUGGAAGAUCUCUUGGCAUCCAUUUAAGGCCAUGGCUAGCCAUGAGAGAGGGAGCCAGCAUGUGUAGCACUAAAUAUAUUUUGAAAUUGCCGUGUUGUCCACCUGUCUUUUAUAACCAACCAACCAACCAACCAACCAACUUGGGAUCGAUUGCAUCUAGAUUUGAUCCAGAGCUUAGGUGCUGUUUUGCUGAUGCUUCAGAUUUAAGACUCCUCCCCUGCCCGCCCCUUUCUGUCUUCAGAAAGUCCUUUCCCAGGCCAGUAACUUGAGAUGUGACCUGAGUUCAUAUAACAACAAUUAUUCUAGUAUCGACACCUUUACACAAAAUCCAUGCGGUGCAAUGAAGUCCUGCAAUGUGGCAAAAGCAGGGGUCUUCUGGUUGAAGAAUUAUGUAAAGGCAGCUGUACAAAUUCCAGCCUGAAUUCUUAAUAUAUUUUAAGCUAUUUAUUGUGACUUUAAAAAGAACAGCUUUAUUUCUGAUCAUUGGAACCAGUUUUGUUUCUUUUAAUAGUAUAUAAAGAGUUCUCAGUUUCUUAGCUUACUUUAAAAUUAAAAAGCCAACAUCUGCCUUAAUUUGUUGGGUGGGGGUAUUCUGUAUUAAGUUAUUGCCAGUUUUGUCUUUAUUUAUACAUGUCUUGAAGCAAGUAAGUGUUAUUUUAAAUGGAUUUGUCUGUAUUUCAACUUGGUCUAAGUGUAAUAAAGUUCUUUUCUUUUCUUUUUCUGCCUCUAAUUUUAAACCAUGAACA